CUACCCUUUCCAAUGGAGAGUCUCCGUCAUCCCUUUUUGAUGCUUCUCUUAUCUUCUCAGCCUCAACUUAGGACGUUUGUAAUUUUGCUUGUUCCUGAGGGUUUUACUGUCAUUCCAAUAAGCAGAAAGGGGUAUAUUGCUCCUUUGUUAUCCCCCUUCUCUGAGCGAUUCAAUUUUAAUGGGGGAGAGACCAGAGACGAGUGUCCAAACUCAGUAACCCACAGAAACAAACAAAUGGCAACAAAGCUUCUGUGGCCUCCUCUAUUAUCACAUCCUCUGCCUCAAAAAUUCGAAGUCGGAGAGAGCACAAAUCACCAACUAUGGCUCGGAGGGCAUAAAUGCGUGAGAACCAAAAGGCUCGCAGUCCGCGUCUCUCUCCACGAUUCUCUUGCAUCUUCAGUUUCGACUGCUGCCGAUAUGGUUCAUCAUCAUCAUCAUCAUCAUCAUCAUCUUCUUCAUCUCCAACAUCUCCCUCUCUUCUCUCUCGCUGAGAGCGUGGGCUAUUCCUUGGCCAGCUAUUACACUUCUCUGGGUCUCUUCGUCAUCUCUGUUCCGGGCCUCUGGUCUCUCAUCAAACGUUCCGUUAAAUCCAAGAUUGUGCAGAAGACUUACAUCUCCGAAGGAGGAGGGAAGAAAGCACCAAACCAGAUUGCAGGAGAAAUUUUAUCUUACUUCAGUCGCAACAAUUUUGUGGUAUCCGAUCGAGGAGAGACCAUAACGUUUGAAGGGAUGAUGAUUCCGAGUAGGGGCCAAGCGGCAUUGCUUACGUUCUGUACAUGUAUCAGUCUGGCAAGCGUUGCGCUUGUUCUCACUAUUACAGUUCCGGAGGUGGGAGACAAAUGGUACUCCCUCACCAUCUUAAGCCCUUUGGCAGGUGCAUACUACUGGAAGCGAGCUUCAAGGAAGGAGCAGAUCAAAGUGAAGAUGAUGGUUGAUGACAAGGGGACCCUCUCCGAGAUCUUAGUCCAGGGAGAUGAUCAGCAGGUCGAGCAGAUGAGGAAGGAACUUCAGCUCAGCGAGAAAGGCAUGGUCUAUGUCAAAGGCAUCUUUGAGAGAUCAUGAUGAUGAUCAAGGUCGUCCUCCUUUAUCCCACAUGCAUCUCAAGCUUCAUCAUUCUCUGCCCAUGUCUUACCAAGUGAUCAUUUGCUCUACACCACAUCUGCCCUUCUGCAUUCCAUUGAGCAAACUACUCUCUCUCUGAUAAGUUGCUUGUUUCACAUGUAUUUCUUACCAAAUUUUGAGACCACUGAUAGAUCAUAUAUGAUAAGAUAUGUAUCUGUGCCCAUAAUUAUGUGAUACUCAAUUUUUAACCACAUUAUUAUUCCAUAACUAAGUAUUCAUAUAUAGCUUGAAAGAGACCUGACCUGCAAGUUUCUUCCA